GUCACAAAGGUUGCGAACCAUUUCUUGUCGGCCAGAAAACAUUUGGAUUAAUCUGCGACCGUAAAUCAUUUAUUAUCUUAAAAGAUGGAGAUUUUGCGAGAUAAAACGAUUGAACAAUGUCUUUUAUCGAGUUUGACGGAUUAUUUGUCGAAAACAAAGACUGGAACAAUGGCCACAGUGAGACGAAACAUUUUACAAAUGGCAAUAUUUCUCUUUGGGAAAGAAACCACGGAUAGAUAUGGAUUUGUGUAUUCCGAAAAGAAAGACGUUGCUGUGCAACAGAAGAGAUUUUUGAUAUUCUCCCAUUUGUUCCUCGAGGUCCUAAAGAAAAACACUAUUUCGGAAAAAGCCAUUGCCAUUCACAACAAUCUGUGGUCUCAGCAUUUGCAGCACUUGGCCAACUGUGGAAAUGAGAAGGCAGCAAAGCGUUUCAUAAGAAUUUUGGAGGACAGGGAUGAAACUGUUUUUAAUAUAAAGAGACUUCAGCAUCAGCUUAAAUCCGUAGAUCAUAAGACGGGAAUCGAAGAGAAUACAAUUAAGUUCCGCUGUAGGAAACCGAAUGUAUUUGAGAUAAUCGUAAUGAAGUUGAGAAAACUGUAUUAAAAUUUAAACAUUUCCCCCAAAGUUGCAGGACAUCAACGAAGAAUUCGUAUACAUGACGUGUGGCAGUUCAAUUAAAUGACGUCAUAUAACCACUCAGCACCACCACCGCCAUCAUCACCAUCUUACCAUUACCACAAUCAUCAGUUCCUGUACUUGUUUUUUUUUUUUUCAAAUUGAUUUCAUCAAAGAAUUAUUUCCAUUAUAAUGCAUCUGCUUUUAAGUUUUAAUCAUUUUUUCUUUGUAAUUAAAAUUAAGAUUUGGAGUCAUUGAUA